AAUGUCUUAAAGGAUUAAAAAGAAGGCAAAGCUCUUGUAAGAAAGUGGACAACCAUCUCUCAUUAACAUUUCUCCCUUUGUUUUGAUACACAAAAAUGCUUCACCAAAUUAUGGAAGAGCAAUGUAGCCCUCUUGGAUGGUCUUACUACUAUCAAGAAGAGGAUAUUGCCGAGUUGAAACACUCACUCUUGUACUCAACUUUGGAGCUCGAAACAUCCAUUGUCUCGGCUCACGAAGAGAUUUCAAGAAAAGAUGAUGAAAUAGUACAACUAAAAUGUUUGUUAUCGAAGAUAAUAGAAGAGAGGGACGAGUUCCAAGCAAAAUGUCAAGAACUUGUCAUGGAAAAGCAAGUGCUUUACCAACAAGUGCAAAUUCAAACACAUUCAUCCAAACAAGAAUGCCCCGUCUCAAGCAACACAACCACUAGCAAUCAAGACGACAAUAUUGACUCGUCGCCCUCUGAUUGCGACGACAACAACAACAACAUCACUAUUGCAUUAUCAGGUUGCAAGGACACUCUGCCGCUGCCAUCAACGCCAGCUCAGGGAUUGUCUUUUUCGGACAUAGCUGACAAGAUAACGCUCUCAAAGCCAUUGCCCGAUAAGGGCAAGUUCUUGCAAGCGGUAAUGGAGGCCGGACCACUUCUUCAAACGCUUCUUUUGGCCGGACCUCUCCCUCAAUGGCAACAUCCGCCGCCACAACUCAACUCCAUCGACAUCCCUCCGGUCACAAUUUCGUCCCCGAAAAUGAAAAUCUUGCAUCAAGAUUCUUGUCUCAUUAGUCCUAAUGGUUCAUUUUCUAACAAGAGAUCUAUGGUUAGUAUGGAAAGCUUAGAUCCUUCACCAAAUUCCAAACACCAAAAAGUUUGCUCACCAUCCAACAUCUAAGCCAAUUCUUCUUCACUACCACCCUCCUCCCCCCCCCCCCCCUCAACCCCUCUUUAAUUUUUAGUCAUAGCACUCAAAAUCCAUCCUUUUGCCAUGCUUAAAAGUGAUGACCAUCUCCAAUUCUUGGAGGGCAAUUAUGCCUACCAAUUAAAGCUUGCUCAUAUUCUUAUUAGUGUUUCUUAGAAACUAAGGAUCUUUAACCCUAUUUUUAGAGUGAGAAAGAGGGUAAGAGAGAGAAUGUGUGUAUCCCUUUAGCCUCUUGAUUUGGGAUGAAGACUUUGAAUUAUUUUUUUUGUAGUAUAGUUAGUCUAAUUUGUCCCCAUAGAAUACAUCAAAUGGGAGGCUUCACAAUGCAAGAUUUUCUCCAAUUGGUGGAGAAAUUGCUAUGAUUUGCAUAUAUAUGUAUAUUUUUAUUUUAUUUUUAUUGCUUUUAUGUGAUGGAGAAUAUAUAAUAUUUAUAUAUUUAUAUUUAUAAAUAUAUUUAGGUAGAGAUUAGUGAAUCUUUGUAGAGAUUAUGGUGCUGUGUAGCAGCAAUCAUUAUUCAGGAGAUGGCUUUAUUUUAAUUAAAGUU